UUUAAAAAUUUAGUAGUAUUUUGUUAGAUUUUUCUCAACAGAUUUUGUUAUAACUGAAAAUAAAAUUCAAAUCUAUAGUUAAAAUUAAUUUAUUAUUAAUAUUCCUAUUAAUUAUUAUGUCAUAUUAUGUGAUUAAUGAAAUGGUCUUAGUAGACUUCUAAAUAGUAGAUAAAAAUGGUACUUCUCUUUUAAUAGAGAAGAUUGAAGUAUUUUGCAUAUUGUUUUAUCAUGCGGAUAUCGACCUAGUAGUAUCUUGAAUUUUUUACUCUCUAAGACACUUUAUGUCUUAUGUAUUACUCAAUAAGACACUUCCUGCUUGCCACACACAUUAUGGCUGCUUAAAGUCUUUCAUGCCCUCAUAUUUGACCAGACUACACAAAGACCAACCAGAGAAAACUAACUAUGGUUCUUUUAUUUUAAACAAAAAUCAUUUAUUAAUGAAAAGCAUAAGUUUCUCUCUCCAUACCCAAUUUCAAAACGCAUAUCCAUUUUCUCUUUCCCAAAUUCUGAGUCUUGAUUUUGUAUCUAUCUUCACUUCGUCCUCAUCAUAAGUUUCUCUUUCCAUACCCAAUUUGAAAACGCAGAUUCAUUUUCCCUUUGCCAAAUUCCUAAUCCUGAUUUUGUAUCUAUCUCCACUUCGUCCUUCAUCAUCCGACGACGGAGAACUAGCGAAAGGCACUUUUUUAUUGAACCACCCUCUUUUUCAACAUCAAUUAAUGAAUUCUAGAUCUACUUUCUUCAAUUCGCUUAUCCUAAUUUCACAACCCAUACUCUCUUUUCCAUCAUCAAUUUUCGAAGAACACCAUUCACUCAGAAAACUCGCCGUUUGUUUUGAUUAUGUGACCUCGUCCACACAAAAUUCCUCAUCGUUUCUCAUCUUAUUGAACAUGACGAAAGUCUCGCAAACGAGCUGAGGCAAGAGCAAGGCUUGCGGUGGUCUUCAUACUCGGAAUCCGCUAUUGCGGUUGUCUUCGUCAUAGCUUUCAAUUGCAGAGGAAAGCUCGAGCAACAUGGUCGAAUUCUAAUUUUUUUAUACAUCUAGUCCUUUAAAUUUUGACUAUUCUCAAUUUGACCCCAACAAAACUUUGUAAGAUUUUGAAAUUUAAAUUAGAUCUUCCUCUCUCUUACGUUCAUACAAAUAUGUUCAAGGUGCAUUUUUAUGAUUGAAUAUCCAAAAUUAUAUGUCCACACAAAACUGUACAUAUGAAUUUAUCCAAAUAAUUCACUAUUCUAUGUUCGGGUACUACUAUCUUUUCACAUUUUUCAUAUUUUUUUUGUCCAUGUCCAUAUCUUUUUACGUCCAAACUUUUAUUAUCCAUGUCCAUACACAUUUGUUCACCAAAGUGGCUUACACAAAAUACAUGUACAUAAACACUAAACACUAAACGGUAUGCAUAAAGCACUCGUCCACAGAUACUAAGAAAUUAUGUAAGAUGAUUAUGAAUAUAAGAACUUUUCCAAGAAAACACAUCCAUGAAACUUAGUUCAUGAAACCCCAUCCACGAAAAUUUUAAAGAGAUUUUCUACAUUUUUUAUCCAUCGAUGUCCACAUCUUUUUAUGUUCACGUAUUUUUCUUACAUGUUUACAAAUUUUCAUCCACACUUCUUAUGUCCAUACAUUUCUUUUAUAUAACUGUUGAAAUAUAUAAAAUAUAUAUAUGAAAAUGGAUGUUAAAAUAUAGAGAAAAACAAAUUACAAUUUGCUGUAAUAAUUAUACUUUCUUCAAAUAUAUUAAACUCUGAAAAAAAAACAAAUAAAAACAUAGGACCUUUGCAAAAAAACAAAGAAAAAGUUGAGAAAAAUAAAAAAAAUAAAAAAAUACAAUCAUCUUAUAGUUUUUUUUAACCAAACGUGAGAGGUAGUGCUGUAAAAUCACAAGAGGUAGAAGAGGACGAUGUGUCCCUCUAGUGGGAAGUGCCUUGUCAUGAUAAAAAAGAGAAUAAUGUGUCUGAGAAGCACUCCAACAAGUAUCUUACUAGGUCAGCGAAUGACAAAAUUCUUUUUUUACAACUCAACGGACUCUGGUUCGACCCGAAGUUCAUUUUCUUAAAAGUCACCAAACGUUACGACAACAACUACACUAGCACCAAUGAUACAACGUAACAAGAACGCAGCGAAACUGUCGCGAUGCGUGAGAUUCACGUGCUCUUUAUCUAAACGUUGACUUUUUGUUUCACCGUUAUUCACCCACCUUUAAUUACUUCGCAUUUCUUGGUUACAAUUUUCCAUUAAUUUAGUCCUACUAAUAGCUUAGGAUUAGUAAUAACUAAUCACUUUAAGGCAACGUAAAAUCAAAGGAGUUUACAACUUUUUAUUCAUUACGAUGUUUAGUAAAGUUGGAAACUGAAAGACUUCAGAUAAAAUUAUAGUCACGUAAUGUUUCAGGAAAAAAUGUAAAUAAAAUACAGUUUAAUCAAAGUACAUCAAUAAUGCAUCAUCGCUUAUUUUUAUAAAUGGCUGAGUAGUUGGUUUAUAAGAAAAUAAUAACUAAUAACUAAUAAUAUUAUUACGAUCAAGAUUGGACAUUAGUUAGAAUUUUUUUCCCAGCUAUUUUUUUUUUAAAUAAGAGACAAUUAAAUCAUGAUAACUUGGUCUUGGAUACACGGACGAGCAAUGGAAAUUUAACCCAAAAUUCACAAUUCACUGCUUUAAUGCACUUGACUCUAUUCACUCUUAUUCUAUUAUUUACAUAUUUUGUAAUUUGUAAUUGUCCAAAAACAAAACUGGUAAUAAUUUUUUUAACUUGCAGGUCCCACCAGUAAGCCAAUGGUCAAAUAGCCAAGCACCCUUUCGCCACGUAGCAUAACACAGUCACGUAAGCCUUCCCUCUCUACCUUAAAACCCCAUUCACAUUGAGAAAAACAGAGAGAGGAGAAGACGCUCGGCUAUUUAUCCUGCGCACCACCACCACCACCACCAACACUAUGGGGAAAGGUCGUGCACUAAGCGAGGGAGUGAUAAAAAAGAUCCUCCUCUCCUACACCUACGUGGCAAUCCGGAUCUUCCUCAGCUUCACCGUGAUCGUCUACAACAAAUACAUCCUCGACAAGAAGCUCUACAACUGGCCUUACCCCAUCACACUCACCAUGAUCCACAUGGCCUUCUGCUCCUCCUUAGCCAUCAUCCUCAUCAAACUCUUCAAGAUCGUCGACCCCGUCUCCAUGUCACGCGACACCUACCUCAGAUCCGUCGUCCCCAUCGGCGCGCUCUACUCGCUCUCCCUCUGGCUCUCCAACUCCGCCUACAUCUACCUCUCCGUCUCCUUCAUCCAGAUGCUCAAGGCCCUCAUGCCCGUCGCCGUCUACUCCAUCGGAGUCUUGCUGAAGAAGGAAGCGUUCAAGUCUCGGACCAUGACCAACAUGCUCUCCAUCUCCUUCGGCGUCGCGGUCGCUGCCUACGGAGAAGCGAAGUUCGAUGUCUGGGGCGUCGUGCUUCAGCUCGGAGCCGUUGCUUUCGAAGCCACGAGGUUGGUUCUGAUUCAGAUCUUGCUUACUUCCAAAGGAAUCAAUCUAAACCCCAUCACUUCUCUUUAUUACGUGGCUCCUUGCUGUUUUGUUUUUCUGUCCGUGCCUUGGAUCUUUGUGGAGCUUCCGGUUCUGAGAGAGGCUUCGAGUGUCCGUUUCGAUUUUGUCGUUUUCGGGACCAACUCGGUCUGCGCGUUCGCGUUGAACCUUGCUGUGUUUCUCCUCGUUGGGAAGACUUCUGCGUUGACUAUGAAUGUCGCUGGCGUGGUGAAGGACUGGCUAUUGAUCGCUUUCUCCUGGUCUGUGAUUAAGGAUACGGUCACGCCGUUGAAUCUUUUUGGGUACGGGCUUGCGUUUUUGGGUGUUGGGUAUUAUAAUCAUUGCAAGUUGCAGGCGUUGAAGGCGAAAGAUGCUCAGAAGAAGGUUCAGGCGAGUGAUGAAGAAGCUGGGAAGCUUUUGGAUGUGAGGGAGAGUGAACGUAACGAAACUAAAGAUUGAGAUGCUGAAUCUUGAUCUGGUUCAAGAAUUGCUAUUUCAGGGAAUAAGAGCUGAAGGGUUAAAGGAUGAAUUUUUUGAAAGAGUUUUGUUUUUUUCAUAGGUAUGUUUAUUAUUAUGAUCAUUAUGGUUGUUCGUUUAAGUUAUUACAUAGUUGAUUUGAUGGUACGCAUGGGGUUUUAGAGGUUUUAUAAAUCUUUGGUAACUCGACUUGUCUUCUCUUGAGUUUAUUUAUCUUUGUUUUCUGUACUUUUACUCUUUUGUGGGUAAAAGACUUGUUGUAGUAGUAACUUCUUUAUAUUUUUGCACAUCGAAACUUCUUU